UUAGCUUGAUAAUCGUUGAUUAAUUGUGUCCCUUCAACUGUAACCAGAGGUGUGAACAUCAAGUAACCAAAUAGUGAAUAUAAUCAGUUAACUAUUGACAAUUUACUUUUCCCUGUUCCCGUCACUUUUAUGGUUAAUCGUUUUGUUAUCAUUUCUGUUUUGGUCACUUUUACCUUUUUUCUUAUAUAUUAUAAUAUAAUAAGUAUUGAAUAGUUUACUCUUGAUUAACUGACCACAUUGACCAUUGAUUGGUCAUUGAAAAUGCCAAUGGAAACUGUUGUUAUCUUUGCCAUUGGAAUAUUAAUUUUAAUAUUUCUUGGUUCACUUGCAGCUCUAAUUGUCAUCUGUCAACAACGUUACUGCCGACGUGACUUUUUAUUCAAAAAUUUGUCCUCCGAUGCUGCUCCUGAUGCUGGUCUUCUUGGUCCAUCUUCAUCCUCAUCGAAAACAAUAGUUAAUGGUCACUCACUUGGUCCAUCAAAUUCAAUUGAGCUCGAUGAUGUUGCCAUUCAUCCGGAGAUCGAUAAAAUUUUGGCCGAUGCUCGUUGGGUCGAUGAUGUUACCGGACUAAUACCUCAUUGUUUGGCUAUCCUUAAGUCUUGCCAUCAUUUGACUGGUCGGCUUGUUGAGGCAACAAUGGCCGCUCUCAAUAGUUAUCAUCAAGAUGACCAACAGCGGAAAUUAUGGGAGAUCAUUAGAAUCGCUCAGAAAAUAUCUCCACGUGUCGAUGAUGUUGUCCAGUCCAUGUACAAUGGAGACGCUCGGCUACUCGAGGCUCGUUGUUUGGCCGUUGUUUUGUCCGUUUCUCAUCUCGCGACUGUGAUUAAGUACUUGUGUCAUGUUGAAAGUAAUUGGAUUCAAGAAUCACUCGAUGAAUUGGAACAACAAAUGAAGGUAAGUUAAUUACCGCUUGUAAGCCUUACGAAUUAGCUAAUUACCUCGAU